CAUGAGAAAGAAGGAUUGUCAUUCUACAUGGCCGCCGUGUAUUAUCCUGUUCUUGGUACACUUUCUCUAUGGUGCGUAUGGACAGGUCCGCUACUCCGUGCCAGAGGAGAUGGCACCCGGUUCAUUCGUCGGAGACAUAGUUAAAGACCUAGGUCUUGAGCUUAAAAGGCUGACAACGGGGAAAGCGCGGAUCUUUACAGCAGGUGGCCGCGAAUAUGUUGCGCUGGACCGAGAGAAAGGGCUAAUCAUUAUUAAGGAGAGAAUCGACAGGGAGCUUUUGUGCGCUGGUGCCGUAUCCGCAUGCAGUCUGAGCUUUGAAGUCAUCUUGGAAAACCCCAUCGAGCUCUAUCGCAUCACCAUAGAAAUACUGGAUGUUAAUGACAACAGUCCUGCGUUUCCAAGAGGUGAAAUUACAUUGGAAAUAAGCGAGUCUGCUUCCACAGGAGCGCGUUUUACUGUGGAUAGCGCAGUUGAUCCAGAUGUCGGCAUUAACAGUAUUCAGAGUUAUUCAGUUCAUCCUACUGAUCACUUUACCCUAAAGACACAAAGUCGAUCUGGCAGUGGUAAAAAUGUAGAGCUUGUUUUGCAAACUCAUUUAGACAGAGAAAAACAAGACCAUUUGUAUUUGACCAUAAGUGCUACAGAUGGAGGUAACCCCAAACGCUCUGGCACGGUAAAAAUACACAUCAUUGUUCUAGAUAUAAAUGACAACGCUCCAGUUUUUCAAAAGGAUAAAUACAGAAUAUCUGUCCCAGAAAACACCGUAAAAGGAGUCUUGCUGGUUACUGUUAAUGCUACCGAUGCGGAUUCUGUCUCAAAUGCACAGAUUGGAUAUUAUUUCGAGCACACCACACCCAAAAUCCGAGACCUGUUUUCUGUCGACCCGUCCAGCGGUGAAAUAAGAUUGAUUGGUGAGCUCGAUUUUGAGGAGUCUGCUAUACAUGAAUUUAAAAUUCAAGCCAAAGAUCAGGGGGGGUUAUCAGAUUCCUCUGAGGUGAUUGUGGAAGUUACAGACAUAAAUGAUAACUCACCAAAAAUUACGCUUAUGUCUUUUUCAAAUAGCAUACCUGAAAAUUCACCUCUUGGAACCGUAGUGGCCAUGAUAAAUAUACAGGACAGCGAUUCUGAAGAAAAUGGAAAGAUUACUUGUUUUAUUUACAGAGACCUUCCUUUUAAAAUCGAAUCAUCUUUGAUUAAUUAUUACAGUAUCGUCACGGACUCCGAGCUAGACAGAGAAAACGUACCUGAAUAUAACAUUACCAUCACAGCGAAAGAUAGCGGCACUCCUUCAUUGUUAAGUAAAAAGAUUUUAAACGUAAAGAUCACUGAUGUAAAUGAUCACGCACCGCAGUUUGAGCAAGAUUCAUAUAAUGCGUAUGUGAUGGAGAAUAAUUCUCCAUCUCUGUCUUUGUUCAGUGUUAAAGCGCAUGAUGCAGAUUUGGGAGCGAACGCACGCGUAUCGUACUUUAUUUCAGAUAAUGGUUUAAACGGCACACCAAUUUCGUCAUUAGUUUCUAUCAACUCUGACAGUGGGACUGUUUAUGCAACAAAAUCGUUUGAUUAUGAACAAUUAAAGUCUUUUGCAAUCACAGUGAAAGCGCAGGACGGAGGCUCCCCUCCUCUCAGCAGCAACGUGAGCGUGAAAAUAAUGAUUCAGGACCAGAAUGACAACGCGCCUCAGGUUCUGUAUCCGGUCCAGUCAGGCGCUUCUGUGGUGGCUGAAAUAGUGCCUCGUUCUGCAGAUGUGGGUUAUCUGGUUACUAAAGUGGUGGCUGUUGAUGUGGACUCUGGACAGAAUGCCUGGCUCUCAUAUAAACUGCAGAAAGCCACAGACAGGGCACUGUUUGAAGUGGGCUUACAGAAUGGAGAAAUAAGAACUGUACGCCAAGUGACAGAUAAAGAUGCUGUGAAACAAAGACUCACUGUUGUAGUAGAGGACAACGGGCAGCCCUCUCGAUCAGCUACAGUCAAUGUUAACGUGGCGGUGGCGGACAGCUUUCCUGAAGUGCUCUCGGAGUUCACUGACUUUACGCAUGACAAGCACUACAACGACAACCUGACUUUCUAUCUGGUCUUGGCCUUGGCUGUAGUUUCGUUUCUCUUUAUCGUGUCUAUCAUUGCCAUACUCUCAGUCAAAUGCUACAGAUGGAGACGCGAGAGAAUGUUUUAUAAAUCUGGAGCGAAUCUUCCAGUUAUUCCUUAUUAUCCGCCUCUUUACGCAGACGUAGGGGGCACAGGAACUUUACAGCACGUGUACAAUUAUGAGGUGUGUGGCACUACUGACUCCAGAAAGAGUGAUCUGAAGUUUCUGCGGCCCUCUAGUCAAAGUGUUUUAAACUUUGACUUGAGUGACACCAGAACUGUGCCAAAUCAAAACAGGAGUACAGAAGAUCCAGAUGUUAGUGCAGAGGUGAGAUUUCUUUGUGACUUGUACAGUAUUGUUUACAGUUACCCUUAGUAUUUAUACAGAAUCCUUUUUCCUUUCUAAAGUUGCUUUUCUUCAUUAUGUUUGCUCAGUGUGUUUGAAUCAACUGACAUUUUUGUGAUUUUUAAUGGAUGUAUGAAGUUGGUUUUCUCCAAGUACACAGGUGUGAUAGCAGAGGAACCACAGGUGUAGAGAAUCACAUUAACUGUGGACAUGAUCCAAUAGUACUUAACAAACACAGUGGUUUUUUACUAUAAAUCUAUUGAUUUUAUUGUGCCUUUUCCAUUUUCGUCUUAAAAUUGUAUUUUAUGACAUUCAUACAUUUUUGUGUGCCUUUAGUGUCUAAAUACUUUUGGAGCAACUGUAUGUUCAUAGAAAAAUUCAAUGGCAUAUAAACGGAAUCUCUCCAUUAGAAUGUUUUAGCUGUUGUCAGGAGGAGAAAACAGGAAAUGCGCUCUGAUCUCACACACUGCAGAGUCGUGGGGGAGGGGUUGUGUGCUGAGAAGCGAGUCAAGGGUAAUGCAGCAAAAUCCAAACUGAAUCUUUGUUUUCAUCAGAUGAUGAAUAACUUGCCACGCAAUGGAAUGCAAGCUCUGAUAUCUUGCAUUCUCAAAUAUGUCAGAUUUUGUUUCAUGUAGGAGACUCUGAUGGUUCAAAGGGCAGUAAUGCAGAGGAGAGAGAGAGAUGAAGGAGGAGGACUAGUGCUGCAGAAAGAACAGGGACACUGCACACUAUUUUUUCACUCACUGACCCAUUUUCUCCUUCACACACACAUUAUUGUCCUGAUCAUACAGUGGCAAUAAAAUAAAUACUGAUACUCAGAUCGUGUGAAUGAUUUUCAGGAGAAGAGGCAAAUAUUUGAUGCUAAACAAGAUGAAACAGGAUGCUUUUUUUAAGAUGGAACAACUAUAAGAACAUCUGUAAAGCUGCACAAUGCAGUGACUGCAGGCAAGGCAGACAUACAGUUUAGAAUAUGAAGUAUGAAUAUCAAUUUUAUUAUACAUGUAAAAAAAAAAAAAAAAAAAAAAAAAAAAAAAGGCUGAAUUUGUAUACCAUUGUGGACAACACACAUAACUAUCACAAAUGCAGAAAAAAAACUUGGAGACUUAGAAAUGGAGACUUAAACAUGUCUUUCUCUGCUCUUGCCAUCAAAACAUACAGUAAACAAACAUACACACGGUGAAUUACCAGUAGCUUCACUUGGAUGUCCGGUUCCACUCUGAAAUGCAUCAAUGCGGAAGUAAAUUUGCAUCUUGGGAGUCAUUUCAGGUUGACUUCAACUUUAUAGAUUGUAUAUUUUGGUUUAUUUUCCAGUGUACCCUACUGGCUUCUCUUUAAUAGACUCAUUAUCAGUUGUGGAGCCUCUGUUCUCUGCAGCAUAUUAAAGAAGAGACAUGUGGUAGUCAGAUGUGCUGCUUGAUUACGGAAACUGAUACUAAAAUAACCAUUUUAGUGACAUUUUCCUUUCAUUUUUCUUAAAUUAAAAUUUGUCUUAAAUGUCUUUAGUGUCUGCCUGAAUUAUGGGCAAAGUCAAUCAUGCACAGACAUGUUUGUGUGUGGCGGGCACAUCUGCAAUUCUUUGGUUGUGACUGUGUGAACCGCUAAACUCUUUGCCUUUUGGUGUCCCACAUCUGGCCUUCAUUUCUCUAAUCUUCAGUUCCUGGACCUAUUAGUGCCUUUUCUUUAAUGUACAUCAUAAAUCCACAUGCUCUUGAGCUUUGGGAGCUGUUUCCUCACAAAUCGCUGAAAUGAGCUUCUUGCUUCAAAGCGUUCUUAAUUGUCAGAUCACAGUUGUGUAAAAGCCAAUAUGAAAGGUCAAGGACACUGUUUUAUAUGUAAAAUGGUCAAGAUCACCUUUGUAUCCUAUGUUCGGCUUUAUUUUUGCCUGACUUGUCUUGAAUUUAAAAACUUACACAUUGGGCACGUAGGAUCUGACUGACUGUACUUUUUUUGACUGUAAUGCUCUCUUUGAGAUGUGUGUGUUUAAUUAGCUUUACAUAGAAAAUGUUAUUCCUAAAGUAUAAAUUACAGCUAUCAAAGUCAGGUGUUUAAAAGCUUAAAAUGUAUUUAUAUCAGUAUGUUUGAGUAUGUUCAUAUUUUGCUGUGGUUACAGCAAAAGGGAAGCAUUUAAGGUCUUUUUUUGCUAGAAAAAUAGUUUGUUACUUGUCUCUUGAGCAUCUUUAAAUUAAUUCUUAUAACUAGUUCCUGCUUUAUUUUCUCUCCUUUUCUGCUUCUCCCUUUGAUGCAGCAGUGCAUCUCUCCUUAGGAAAUAUGUCUCUCGUGAGCUUUGUGAACGUGUGGCUCUCAAACAGAUUAAUACAGGAUGAUCGUUGAUUCUGAGAGGAAUGCUUUUAUUUGAAGCGCGCAAACUCUUGCAUACAUGUGACACAGAUCAUACAGAGUCAUGCUGGCUCGGGGCUUCCAUGUACAUCAUUCUGUGUGAGUUUGUGCGUAUUGUUUUGUGUGUUUUUGCAGCGUGUGUGUGUGUGUGUGUGUGUGUGUGUGUGUGUGUGUGUGUGUGUGUCUUCAUUCUGCAGCAUGCUGAUCCUCUGAAAGGAUUAAACAGGGUUUAUCAAGGCCAGUGAGACAGUAGAACACACACACACAUACAGUGACCUGUGUCUACAGACAGUAAACUAAAGCUACAUGGCAAGGCCAUUUAUACUAAUUGUAUUUAUAUAUAUAUAUAUAUAUAUAUAUAUAUAUAUAUA